AUGCCUCGAAUCCGCAAAAAAACAAGCAACCGCACAAAGACCAAUGAUCGUCGGAAGGUGCAAAACAAAGUGCGCGAGAGCCGUAAGAAAAAAGCGAAGGCUGCAAAAAAUAACACCCAGUGGAAGUCCAAACAUAAGAAGGACCCAGGCAUCCCGAGCGCGUUUCCUUACAAGGAGCAGAUUCUAGCGGAAAUUGCGGACCAGAGGCGAGAGGCAGCUGAGGAAAAACAACGAAGGAGGGAUGAGAAGGCAAAGAAACGACAGGGCGAGCAUGAGCACCAGGACGAGGAUAGCGUUUUGGCGGAAGUGAAAGCGCGCGGACUUGACCAAGGAUUCGAAGGCAUUUCGAGUCUCAGCGCCAAACAGCUCAACGAGACCAAAGUCCAACAACGGCGGAAGGGUACUGUGCCCAUGGAAGUUGACGAUGACGAUGAAGAGGACACUCCCAUUCUCAUCAAUCGUGAACUUCCAAAUCUCCAAGCUGUCUUGGACUCUGCGGAUGUGGUCAUUCAAAUACUCGAUGCACGCGACCCACUGGCGUUUCGCAGUGAGCAUUUAGAAGAGCUUGCGGGUGAAAAGCAUGUCCUUUUCGUGUUGAACAAAAUCGAGACCUGUCCCCGAGAAUCGGUUUCAGGCUGGCUGACCCAUUUGCGAGCCAGUCAUCCCACAGUUGCGUUCCGCUCGGCCACAGGUCUAUUGCCUGAAACCGUUAAAAGCGACGAUAAAGGCAAGGGGAAGGCUAAGGCGUCUUAUUCAGAUGCGCUUGGUGCCGAUGCCAUCCUGGACAUCCUCGGAGCGUGGGCCGAGGCCAAGAAGGGAGACACUCCGCUUUGUGUUGCCGUUGUCGGUGUAACAAAUGUCGGCAAAACGUCCUUUGUCAACUCGUUGCUCCAAAAAGCUACAUUGCCCAUCUACACUCUUGCAACAUCAUCUCGGGGACCCACGACAACAGCCUAUGCCCAAGAGGUCUCGCUCACCAUCAAGUCUCGAACAAUCCGACUCAUUGAUACUCCUGGCUUGACUUGGGAACAAACUGAGGAAAAUGACCCAGAACAAAUUCGCGCUCGGGAUAUUCUGCUAAGGAGUAAAGGCCGUAUUGACAGGUUGAAGGACCCGGUCCUUCCAGUUCACCAUCUCAUUCCUCGCGCCAAUGCUGAGGACUUGAUGCUGUUCUACACCCUCCCUGCAUUCACCACCGGCGACACUGACGCUUUCCUAUCCUGUGUUGCGCGUGCAAACCAACUCGUCAAGAAGGUGGACAGAUUUGGGUCUAUUCCAUUCUUGUUUCUGACCUUCCCCCAGAAAGGCGAUCUCGAUUUGACCGGAGCCGCGCGGAUUGGGGACAACCAGACGCUCUCUGCCGCGGACGAAGCAGUACUGGCUACAUUACAAACACGUAAAGAGUUGCGCAAGUCUGGCGGCUUGGUCAAGCUCACAACAGAGGCUGUGGAAACACGAAGGGCAAUCGUCGAUGAAUCUUGGGUUAAUGAAUCGGGAAGCGCUGACGAGAGCAGUGGAGAUGAGGCAAAUGAACCAACGGAGAGCGAGGAGAGCGGUGAUGACGAGGAUGAGGAAUCAGAACCGGUGGAUGAAGACGAACAAGAUGAUGAAGACCCGGAGCCAGUUGUGUCCGGUAAACAAAAACGCAAAAGGGCAGCCGAGCUCAAACCGGCCCCCCGCAAAAAAGUUUCGUUCGGACCCGACCCCAAAUCAUCCAAAAAGGCGCGUCUAGCGUCUGGUGCUAAGAUGCCGGUUAAAACGAAAGCGGCACCAUUGAAGAAGGUGGCCAAUGCUCCGGUCAAGACAAAAGGCUCGCAAAAGGACGCUGGGGGCCCAGAGGCGUACAGUUUCAAGGAUUUCUUCUGA